AUGAAACUCCUCGCCUGGACUCUGCUGCUCGGCUCGGCAAUAGCCCAUGGCGACCACGGGCAUGUCCCGGAGGGCGCGGCCAUCUCCCUCGAGCCGCUCGAUGCGACACUCUGGGUACACAUCCUCCUCAUGGGCCUGGCCUUUGGCCUCAUAUUCCCCCUUGGCAUGGUCCUUGGCAUCACCCGCUCCCGGUGGCAUGUUCCCCUUCAGGUCGUCGGCACCGUCAUCGCCGUGCUCGCCUAUUUCCUCGGCCAUGCGCACAAGGGCCGCCAAUUCGGCAAGAAUGUCCACGCCGGGUUCGCGAACUGGUUGAUGUUGAUGUUGGUGGUGCAGGUCGCCCUGGGGUUCUAUCUCAAGCUGCACCUGGAGAAGGCAGGCCAGGGCCGGAUUCGGUGGAUCUUCGUGCUGGCUCAUGGGAUUGUCGGCAAGGCCAUGCCCCUGGUCAGCUGGACGCAGAUGCUGUUCGGUGGCAUUGCCGCCCUGGGCUUCUGUCAGGGUGACCACCUCGGCCAGUGUCUUGCGCACUUUAUCAUGGGCAGCGCCUUUAUCGCGUACGGCAUCUGUCUGACCAUUUUGCUGCUGGUCGGUCAGUUCUGGUUGCGCCGCACGGGCCGCAGCCAGGAGUUCUUUGACUCCCUGAUCAUUGCCGCCUGGGGCUGUGUCAACACUUUCACCGAGCACCGCUGGGGUGGUCCCUGGGUUCAUAACGACCUCCAGCACACCACCAUGGGCAUUGUCUGGUGGUGCGCCGGCCUGCUGGGCAUGUGGUUGAGCCGGACCCGUGGUGGCCGUCCCAAGCGGAACUUGAUCCCCGCCAUUGUGAUCCUGUUGACCGGCUUCGCCAUGUCCGCGCACUCGCAGACCCUGAUGAUCAGUACUAUGAUGCACUCGAUCUUCGGUUACACCCUGAUGGCAGCCGGUGUCACGCGUAUCAUUGAGAUCUCGUUUGUGCUGAAGGACCGAAGCUCGCUGGGCUCGGAGCCCAACAGCUUCCAGUAUCUGCCACCCUUUUUGCUUUACGCAUCCGGGUUCCUCUUUAUGGGUUCCACUGAGGAGCAGAUGGAGCUGUUGCACAACGCCGGGAUCAUGCACGUGUCGUACGUGUUGAUUCUGUACAGCAUCGCUUUUAUCCUUUUCCUCUUCGUCAACAUCCUUCUCCACAUCUACGCCGUCUACGCCUGGCCCGAGUCCACCCAGUCCGACGAAGGCAAGUACAUGAAUGCGAACGGGCACGCACGCUCAAACUCGGAGCAGAUUCAAGACGCCGAGGCAUUCGAGCUGCAGGGUCUGAUCUCGGACGAAGAGGGCGAGCCGUCCGCCGGACCGCGGAAGACGAGCGACGAGGAGAUGGCGAAGGAGGCUUCUCGUCACUAA